AUGGAAAAAGCAACAAACAUGAAACCUAUGCCUACUUAUCUCAUCAUCAAGCUGUUCUCGAGGUUGCCGGCGAAAUCAGUCGGUAGAUCGAUUCUAAGCGGUCCUGAUUUCAUAGAGCUGUUUCGGCUCAUGUUUGCAGUCGAACGAAAAGGUUCGUGGAGCUUCUUCUCUUCGCCGUAG